AUGGCGACCAGACCACGGGGAUAUGGGUUGACAGGGGAGAUAAGCCGCAAAAUUGCCAGUAAAUAUGAUGUAAAUUUAGAACAAGAAGCCCGUCUGUGGAUUGAAGCUGUUUUAGGAGAGCCUAUUUCAGAUGAAGAUUCCAGCCAGCCUUUGGGGAUGGACAAAUUUCAAGCAGUUCUCAAGAAUGGUGUUAUUCUGUGCAAGUUAAUCAACAAAAUCAAACCAGGCAUCAUGAACAAGAAGCUAAAUACGUCCACAAUGCCUUUCUUACAAAUGGAGAAUGUGAGCAACUUCCUUGAGGCAUGUGAAAAACUGGGCAUCUCCAAAACAGACCUGUUCCAGACAGUAGACUUGUAUGAUAAAAUCAACAUGGUGCAAGUGGUCAACUGCAUUUAUGCACUGGGACGGAAGGCACCCAAAGUUGGCUAUGAUGGUCCUACAUUAGGUGCCAAAGAAGCAGAUCACAAUCCUAGGAACUUUGCACCAGAAACUCUCAAUGCUGGGCAGUCAAUUAUUGGACUUCAGAUGGGCUCAACCAAGGGGGCAUCCCAGUCUGGCAUGAGCUUUGGUCGCAGCCGUAGCAUCAACGAACAUGGGCAGAAUGGUCAUUAA